UGAGUCCAUGACAUUGGGCUAGAGUAGUUUCAACGGCGUCAGCUGCCGUUAACCUCAAUCACCAAAAUAUAUACAACAAGGGAAUCUCUUUCUCUCUCACACCAUUCUCACUUCCAUUUUUUUUUUCAAAAUCUCUUUUUCCCACACACAUUCUCUCUCUAGCUUGAAGAACAAGCUUGGUAUAGUUGUUUCAACGGGCUAUUUUAUCAAUCUCUUUCACAAAUAAAGAAGAAGGAAGAAGAUAUCUUUGAGUUGAUAUCUCAAGAAAAUGGGGAAGAAAGAGCAGAAGGAUCAUUCAACAGUAGAGAGCGUCGACAAAGUUGAAGCGGUUCUUCAUCUCCUUCGUAAACAUUCUCCUCUCACUCUCAAACAGGAGAAGUUCUGUAACAGAGCUUGUGUCAGUAGAUUCUUGAGAACAAAAGGAGACAAUGUGAAGAGAGCAGCUAAACAGUUAAGGUCUUGCCUUUCAUGGAGAUCUUCUCUUGGCAUCGAGAGCUUGAUCGCCGACGAGUUCACGGCGGAGCUAGCUGAAGGUCUUGCCUAUGUCGCCGGUCUUGACGACGAGUGUAGACCCGUUUUGGUUUUCCGCAUUAAACAAGAUUAUCAGAAGUUACAUACGCAGAAACAGUUGAUUCGCUUGGUGGUCUUUACAUUGGAGGUGGCAAUCUCAACCAUGUCCAGGAACGUCGAAGAAUUUGUCAUCCUUUUCGAUGCUAGCUUAUUCAAAUCAGCAUCAGCCUUCAUGAACAUACUUGUGACUACACUCAGAAUAGUUGCAGAGUAUUAUCCUUGUCGUCUUUACAAAACUUUCGUCAUCGAUCCUCCUUCUCUUUUCUCCUACCUUUGGAAGGGUGUUCGUGCAUUCGUGGAUCUGUCACCGACCACGACGAUUGUAUCGAUGUUAGACUUCCAAAACUUGUAUGACUACGACGACUUCACUUCAUCAUACCCAUCACGAGUCUCCUCCCUCCGUUUCGACAAGUCACCAACAAAACCAACGGACAAGAUUAGCUCCUCCGCAUCCUCUAGGUUCGCCUUCACCGUGUCCCGCGACGGUCUCGACACGGUCAAACCGUGGUGCCUCACUCUCACCGACACGUCAUCGUCGUCCAAACUCGGACACACGAGCGCGUACAUCUCACCGCUAAACGCGCGUUCUUUCUCCUUCGCGUCACCCGCGGCUAGGCGCGAGCCCAUCGAUGGACCAAGGAGAAGCUUUUUCGCUUCCACGCCGAUGCCAGCUAGGACUAGCGACCGUCACUCUAUCGGAACCCUCCGUGACCCGCGGAUACCUCGCCCGUCUUUCUUCCAGUCUCCGGCGGUGUUUUUCCGGCGAGAGUCACAAGUUAGUAAAACUGAGAAGCCGCGAGAUUCGUUCGUUCCUUUUCUCAAGUUUUAUCGUAGGCCGUACGAUGAGAUGACUUAUAGGUCAAAGAUGCGGCCCCCACUCGGUGGUCUUGUCUCUAUUGUUUCUAGCCAGAUCAGACGCCGCCACGUGUCUUUAUCUCAAAGGUUCUAACUCAUGAAGCUAUCAACCAGUUAAAGAAGUACGUAGUAUAGUAUAUAACUUUUGUUACCAUUUUGUGGCCAUUUUAUUAUGAGAGUUAUCCAUUAUUGUUUGUUUCUAUCAUAUGUAUGUUUAGUUCGUCAAGAUGUAUUUCUAAUAAUUUUGAUCAAUUGUUUAUUUAUUCAGCAA